AUGAUUCCCACCGUCCUGGCCUUUUCCUUAGUCUUUCCAUUGCUGGCCACGGCGUGGCUAUCUCCGGCAGCUAUUCGCUCUGUAGACAAGCGAGGCGCAGAUCAGCAACAGGCCCACAAUGUCGUGCGACUACCAAUGAAGCGGCGAUAUCAAAACCGUAGCACACCUGUUCCGUCAGCCUCGUCGACAUCCGAUAUGUCCGCAUCAUCAGCCACGGCGGCGGCGGCGACGGCGUCAACUCCGACACCAACGCCGGGACCACACGGCAUGAACCUGACCGCAAUGUUUACAGAUGUGGCGUAUGGAGUGGAACUGUGGAUCGGCACGCCGGCUCAGCUCGUGACGCUAGAUUUCGACACUGGCUCCUCGGAAACAUGGAUAGAUCCCCCCUGUAGCCUGAUGGGGAUCCCCGCGUGGGUUGACCUCUGCCGCAGCCAGGGCACCUUCGUUCCCGACCAGUCGGCCACCGUGGUCGACCUCAACGACACGGCGAAGCCGCGCUGGAUCUUUUACGGCACCGGCGCCGCUCUGGUUCGGUUCUACGAGGAUGUUUUUACACUGGCAGACCCCUAUGAUGUCAAGAACGUCGGCAAGACCUUCAAGCUCGAGGCGCCUGCCCAGUUUGGCCUUGCCCUCUACACCGAGGGGCUCAUCUCGGGAAUACUGGGGGCCGGCUACGGCAUCGGGUACAAUCAGAAUUACAGCGGAAUCAUUGAUUCCAUGUACGACCAGGGCUUGAUCCAAGACAAGGACUUCAGCAUCGGCCUCGGUAGCAUAAACGAAACCGGGGGGGAGAUCAUCUUUGGCGGAAUCGACUUGGGCAAGUUCUCAGGGCCCCUCCACGGUCUUCACUUGGCCCGGCAGGUUGAGGGCCCUGAGGGCUAUUAUCGAUACUGGAUAAACGUGUCGUCAAUAGCCAUCACACCGCCUGGCUCCUGCCUCUCUGUUCCCUUGACAGACCCGGAAUCGUUACCAAGGCCCUUUAUGCCCGACACAGGCACUACCCUGACCUACCUGCCAGAGACUGUCUUCAACAAUCUCUUGCAGUACUUUCCCUCAACGCAAGCCACAAACCUCGGCUACAUACUCGACUGCUCCCAUGCGGACGAUCAGGGAAGUAUUGACUUUUCCUUCGAUGAUCUCACCAUCCACAUCCCCUUCCGGGACUUCAUUGUACGGGUCCCGUCGGUAUUUACGGAAAGGGGAAACGAGACAUAUUGUGUUAUUGGGGCCAUGCCGGCUUCAGGCGACAUUCUCGUUCUCGGCGAUACUUUCCUGCGUGCUGCCUAUGCCGUCUUCCGCCAGCAAGAGCACAUGAUAUAUCUCGCCCAGCACCAUGAUUGCGGUACAAACGUCGUGUCGUCGCACGGAAAGAUCGACGGCCUGUACGGCGACUGCGGCCCGAAACCAGAAGUCCGGGCUCGAUACGAGGAUCCUCUCGUCCUGCCCUCGUCAGCGCCGUCACCAACACCGUUGUCUACCACGUGCGCGUCGUAUUCAACAGCCACUUACAGCCCGGUGCCGACGUUUGCGAGCAGUUUGUGGUGGGAUUUCUAUGCCAAUCCGAGCCUGUUCCCACGGCCAGCAAUCCAGGUCAAAAGCGCGCGCAAUGCGUUUAGACCCCUGAGCAUUAGCGUUUUCCCCAACGUCACAAGCGCAAGUUAUUCGUCGACGAGGACCUCGUGGGCCAAUACCACCACCACUCAACCGCGGACCACCAACACCACCAGCCCGCAGCUGCAGACGAACAACACCACCAGCACGCUGCAGACGAACAACACCACCAGCACGCUGCUGUGGACCACCAAUGCCAUCAGCACGCAGCUGGAGACCACCGAGUCCUUGUCAGCGUAUCCGCAUCCUUUGGCUACCAGCGGCGAGUAUCAGCCUACCUCUAGCGAUUCAUAUGCCAGCGACACAGAGGCAGCCAGUGGUAACUGUCCAACCUCUUCGAGCCACAGCUUCCCGCCCGACGACAGUGGCUACGACCAGUACACAUACGGAGCCAGCCCCACCAGCGACCACGAACAUACUUGGACGAGCUCUUCCGGCCGCCGGCCGACGCACACAUGGAGUCCAGAUUACAGUCCCGAUUACAGCGUGUCGUCGACCAUCAUCGUAUACACGGCCACCAACGCCUGGGAGACAAUCACGAGCACUAUAACCCUGACGGCGCACGUGUCCCUGCUCUCGACCGACCCUGACUAUGCCUCGUCGGCGAGCAGCAGCGGAGCCAGCGAUUGUGACGAGAGUAGCGAUAGCAGUGCCAGCCAAACUGCGGCAUACGGCGGCAGCUCGGUAUCAGCCCCGAGCAGCGUCGCCUCAUCGUCGCCAUGCAGCAGUGACGGCUCAUAUUCAGGGGGGUACAGCGAGAGCCCAUUGUCGUCGAGCCCCGAGUCAAGCGCAACACCAGGGUACGGGCAGCCGUCAGAGUACCCCCCAGACAGCUUGACCAGUAGCGCCCAGAUAACCAUCCCAGUCGAGUCGUCCGAGACGGUCAUCGUGGUGAACCCUACAACAACUUACACCAUAAUCGACGGGUCCACGGUGGCUCCGCCGGAUAGCAGCAGCAGCAGCAGCAGCAGCAGUAGCGAGUCGUCGCCAGCACUGCAAAGCCAAAGCGGAUACGGUUUAAGCAGUGGCACUGGCGCAUCUACCUCUGUACCGGAACCAGUCGUCACGGUUAUUGCGACAGCCACAGCCACAGCUACAACAGUAGUGACGGUGACGUAUGGGCCGUCCGGGCCAAGCAGCAGCAGUAGCGUCGAGUCGUCGGAGCAGUCGACGCCGGCACUGCAAAGCGAAAGCGGAUACGGUCCAAGUAUUGGCGGCGGCGCAUCCACCUCCACACCGGAACCAGUCGUCACGGUUAUCGCGACAGCCACAGCCACAACCGUAGUGACGGUGACAUACGGCCCGUCCGGUCCAAGCAGCAGCAGUGAUUCUGCGUCUGCGUCUUUCUCUGGAUCCGAGACAACUGGAACAGACUCCACCUCUGCCUCAGUACCUGUCGUCACGGUUGUAGAGACCGAGACCGUUGUGGUAACGUGGAGCGGUAACCAAUCCGCAUCGAGCAGCAGCAGCAGCAGCAGCAGCAGCAGCAGCAGCAGCAGCGCCUCCACUUCGUCAGACUCGACCUCUGCCUCGAUACCUGUCAUCACGAUUGUCUCGACGGUCGUUACGGUGCCCGUAGUCACGGUGACGCUCACCGACACGACGCUCACCGCCACGGCGAAAAGCGCAGCAGCAGUUCACCGCCGCGCAACCCCUGAUGACCUCGAUCAGACGGCAUACCAAACCCCGCAACAGCCCGACCUAGACGUAGACAAUCAGCAGCAGGAGCAGCAGCAGCAGCAGCAGGAGCAGCAGGUACACCCGGGGCUGAAGCGGGCGAUGCUGGCGGCGGCGCAGAGCGGCGACGGCGACGGCGGCGAGUGUCGCGUGGCGACGCCGUGUCUGCGGGCGAUGCGGGAGCGCCGCAACCUGGUGCGCGCCGCUGCCUACUGUCUGCGGGCAGCCGGCGAUGGCAAGGGCGGAGAAGGGCCACCGAUGGAUCAAGGGCAGCUGCCCAACUUCCUGCAGCGGGGGUGCCGCGGGGAACACAGCGCCGUGGACAUGGCGUGCACCUGUCUUCUUGCGCUUGUGGGUCGUGUCUAGCGGGAGAGUAAUUACCUAGGAUCGGGAGUGCCGAUGGUGGACCGCGCAAAGGGAAUCAGGUGACGCGUAAUGGAGGGAAAAUCGGGAGUGUCGAUUGCAAAAUCGGGCAUGUUGAUAGGGAAAAUAGGGAUAUUGGAAAAGGGCAAAGGUCGGGGCAGACGUGGGUGAGGGGUAGCGGGGUUAAUGUAGUGGAGAAAUCAUACGGAUGUGCCGAACACUGUUGAUGCGAAUUGAAAUGAUAUGAUGCAGCCUACUGUUCGAGCGAGAUAAACACGGCGGGUAGCUGAUGGAAUAUCGAAAGAUAUACCGCGUUUGUAAACCCGUAUUGAGGGUUAUGCCAACGUGGUCGUGGUUUGCGAGGCUCAAGAUGGAAUGGAAGGCGGGGAAACGUUCCAGGCCGCGUGCAGCAAAGCUUCACACUCCGCUGCGGGGCGUGCAUUGGCUCCGUUUUAGCGCCUGCAGGCUG